AUGCCAUCGCCACCGUCGAUUCUUGAUGCUUCACUAAUUAAAGAUCUUUCCAACCAUAUUUAUGAGAAGCGGAAAGCCACUGCUUUUCAAAUUGAGUCGAUUACUAAAACCGCUCUAGCUCGAAAUGAUUCACAAACAAUUUAUCGAAUAAUCCAAGAGUUGACUCAGCUUACGACUAUAUCAGGUGGUGGAUCGGGUGGAUCAUCGUCUAGUUCCAACUCCAAUUCCGGGAAAAUGGGCGCUAUAACCGCCUUGGGAAGUGUUUCUGUUGCCUUGGGGUCCUUUGCCAUUGCUUAUUUUCUUGAAGAUAUAAUCAAGCCUAUAUUUGCUACUUUCAAAGAUACUGAUGCGCGAGUUCGAUAUUACGCUUGUGAGUCCUUGUACAAUGUGGCCAAGAUUGCAAGAGGCGAGAUUUUGCUUUAUUUCAAUGAAAUCUUUGACGUUUUAUGUAUCUUGGUGAGUGAUGUUGAGUCUAGUGUCAAAAACGCUGCUGAUAUUUUGGAUCGAUUGAUUAAGGACAUAGUUAGUGCUAAAGCUACUAAUUAUGUUAGUAUAUUGAAUGGACAAGAGGAGGAAGAAAAGAGCAAUGGAGGUGGAGGUCUGGGUCUAGGUGGAAGAGGAAAUGGAAAAGGGAAAUGGAAAGAGGAGGAGUUGAUGAUGUUUAGAAAUAGAUCAGUGGUUGAUGCACAAGGAAACACUAUACAAAUCAACCAUCGACAGGAUCCGAGUAAAGCUUUCCAAUUACCCAAAUUCAUACCUACGUUAUUGGAAAGAAUGUAUACUGUUGACCCGUUUACUAAGAAAUUUUUAUUGCUGUGGCUUGAAUUGUUCAACGAUAUACCUAAUCUUGAAGUUAUUUCAUUUUUGCCUAAUUUCUUAAACCCAUUGAUUAAGUUUAUCUUGAACGGUGCUCCACAAGAUAUCAAAUUGGAGACUGAGAAUUUAUUGGAUGUGUUUUUGAAGGAAAUGAGGAGAAUUGCUACGGUGAAGUUGGAGUUGAAGAAGAAGAGAAAGGAAGAAGAGGAGAAGAAAAAGAAGAAGGAGGAGGAGGAGGAGAAGAAGAAGAGGGAGAGGGAGAAGGAAAAGGAAAAGGAGAAAGAAAAAGAGGUGGGGGAAAAGGUGGUGGAGGGGAAAAGGGAGAAGAAAGAAAAGGAAGGAAAGAAAGGAGAUGAAAUAAAGACAGAUUUAAAUAACAGGGAAGUUGAGGAGGAGGAGGAGGAGGAGGAGGAGGAGGAGGAAGUGGAUGAAGAGGCAAGCAUAAAAUCUGAUGAUACCACAAUUGUUAGAAAAAAAGAAGUUGUUCAGGUUCAAACUAUUCCAGAAGAUAACGACGACAAUCUUGAUGAUCUCGAACUUGAAGAGGAAGUCGUAUUUGGACAAGACAUUUACAUUGAUUACCUGAAGAUUAUCAACAUUCUUCUUUCCUUUCUUCAAUCAUUUGGACAACAAAAUACUAAAAGUAAAAAAGAUUUUGCCCUUGACUCUUAUGAAACUUAUUGCGACAUUCAACACAUUUGUAUUAGAUGGCUACAGGAAUUAAUUGAUAUUGCACCUCAAGAUAUGGUUAAUAGCAUACCUGAAUGUGUGGCCAUAAUCUUGAAGAAUAUUUCAAUCACUGAUGAGCAACAAAAUUACGAACUACGCGAUCAACUAAUCAAGUUCAGUUUCAGUGUUCAAACCUUUUUAAAUAAGUUUCAUAAUGAUAUUGAAUCAUUUGAUUCUUAUGGAUUAAGCAAAGAGAGCUUGUCCCUCUUCAAUUUAGUACAAUUACCACAGACUUUGACAGCUAUUAUCAACGAGUAUUUGAUGCCCUCGCCAGGAAGCAAUAACGAGUUAUCAAGGAUAACCUCUUUAGAAUGGCUUAUAUUUAUUUAUGAACGUGUACCUCAAGAUUUCCUUGAAUUUUUCCAAUCAAAAGAAAACCAAUUUGAGUUAACAGACUUUUUAAAAUAUGAUACUAGCAACGAAGUGAUUCUAAAAGUGUUACUAUUAUUGGCCAAGAUUUCCGAAUCGAAUCAAGAAUUCUUUAAAGAUUUUGUAGUAAAAUUGAUUAAAUUGUUCAAAAUUGAAGGAUUUGAAAAAUCAAUAAAGGUUGAGUUUAUAAUUCGGAAAUUGUGUCUCAGCUUGAAUUCGGAGAUUAUUUUUACUACCCUAUCUGAAGUACUUCAGCAGCAGCAACAACCACUAACCUUGGCUAGUUUAGAAUUCUCCAAUAUGAUGAUCAUCACAUUAAAUAACAUCCUACUCACCUCAUCCGAACUAUUGCCAUUUCGAAAGAAAUUGAAAAACUUGGACAUUCGAAAUAAUGAAUCCGAUUUGAUCUUAUUCACAAAUUUAUUCCAAAGUUGGUGUUUUGAUCCAUCGAGCGUUAUUCUGCUUUGUUUGCUAACUUCAAAUUAUCAGCUAUCUUAUAUGAUUAUUAAGAAUUUGGCGGAAUUUGAAAUCACAUCUCAGUUGCUUAUACAAUUGGAUGUAUUGAUUCAGUUAUUGGAACUGCCUAUAUUUGUUAAAUUACGUUUACAACUAUUAGAACCUAAGGAAUACCCUGAUUUGUACAAGAGUCUUUAUGGAUUAUUGAUGAUUUUACCACAAUCUACCACCUUUAUGAAUUUAAAAAACCGGAUUAGUACAGUUUGUGAUUUUUCAAAGGAAGAUAAGUCGGGUGUUUUGGAAGCUAGCUCGAGUGAAGGGAAAAUAAAAGGCAACAAGGAGGAGGAUUCUACUUAUGAAACAAAGGCAAAGGAGAGAAACUUGGAGUUGUUGAGAAAAUUCAUGAGUAUUCAAACACGAUUUGAAGAAUUAAUGAAUUCAAAUUCGAGGUGA